AAAUAAAAUUAAAUAAAGAAAAUGUAAAUCAGCCCGAAGACUGUACCCGCGAGAAACAUCUAAACUAUUUCCUUCAGAAUUUUCUUGAGAUUCUCAGUUUCUGUGGAGAGGUAAUUGUUUGACAAGAGAGUGACCACAUAUAUGAUCGAGCUGAAGAUGGAAAGAUUGCCAGCGGAAAUCUGCUUGAAGAUAUUCUGUUUGUUGGAUUCCCAGAGCCUCGCAACCGCACUUCAAGUUUGCAGGAAGUGGAACUCCUUAGCUUCAGACAAUAUCUUAUGGUCGAAUUUAUUCAAAGAGAGGUGGGGGGAAGACCAUGCUGCAUUUUAUCACCCAGUUGGUUCGAAGUCAUGGAAGGAUUCAUAUGAAGUGCAAGAUCGAUGUGAUCGAUUUGGACUGGGCCUAAGAAUAAUCCGAGAAGGGAGCGACUACUACCUCAUUCACCAAGGUGAAAUCCAGAGGCACCUGGGUUCAAGAAGACAAAAGAAUGGACAGACCAGUUUUCUUCCUUUGAGUUCAAAAAGAGAGUUGCUAUCAGAAGGACUUCUCGAAGAAGACAAAUCCUGUCGAGGAAUUCUGGAUAGGAUCCUUUUCUUCAUUGGAGACUUGGAAGUUGCUUCAACAGACGCAAAGCGUAGCAGGGCUCUGUGAAGCUUCCUUCAGUCAACAAAAAUUAUGUGAAUUUUAUGUAUAAUAAUCAUUUGUGUAUGUUGACAUUGAAUUCUGUCCAAGUGUAGAAUAUACAUCGUAUGUUCCUUGAAAUGCCAUAAAUAAGUUCAUCUUCUUCAAGCACUUUGUAUUGAGACCUCGAACCAAAGCCUUACACCGCCAGUAUGAGACCAGCAUACUCUACAAGGUGCUCAAUAUUUCUACGACCAAAUAUAAACAUGUAAUAUACAUGAGUCGAAGCGAAAAA